GAUAACCUCAUCUGUUGGCCGGAAGGGGCCCCAGGGAAGGUGGUCUCCAUACCCUGCCCAGAUUACAUCUACGACUUCAACCACCAGGGUUAUGCCCAUCGGCAGUGUGACUUGAAUGGCAGUUGGGCAUUGGUGCUCAACCAGAAUCUCACCUGGGCGAAUUACACCGAGUGUACCAAGUUUCUUGUCCUUGAAACCAAGGAAAAGACGUCUACACUGUACCCGGAAUUAUAUCCACAUGCAUCUGUUUAUCUCCUUCAUUCUUCGGGCGAUCAGUAUCUUUGUCAAGGAUGCGGUUCUCUACUCCGGCUCUGCGCUGGAAGAGAUGGAGUUAAUUCCGGAAGACGAGUUCAAAUCCAUGACCGAAGCUACCCAAAUAGAUAACUCAACCCUGUACUUCUCUCAGUACUCUCCCCAGGUGGGCUGCAAAUUAGUGGUGACUCUCUUCCUCUACUUCCUGGCCACCAGCUACUACUGGAUCUUGGUGGAAGGCCUCUACCUUCACAGCCUCAUCUUCAUGGCCUUCUUCUCAGAGAAGAAAUACCUCUGUGGAUUCACAUUGUUUGGUUGGGGACUUCCGGCUGUCUUUGUCACAAUCUGGGCAACCCUUCGAGCGACGCUAGCAGACACCGAAUGCUGGGAUUUAAGCGCCGGGUAUUUCAAGUGGUUUAUCCAGGUGCCCAUCCUGACAGCUGUGUUGGCAAACUUUAUCCUGUUUAUCAAAAUUAUCAGAGUUCUUGCAACCAAACUCCGAGAAACAAACGCCGGGAGAUGUGAUACCAGACAACAGUAUCGGAAACUGUUGAAAUCCACCCUGGUCCUCAUGCCAUUAUUCGGAGUCCAUUAUAUCGUUUUUAUGGCCAUGCCAUACACGGAUGUUUCCGGAAUCCUCUGGCAAAUUCAGAUGCACUAUGAAAUGCUGUUUAACUCCUUCCAGGGAUUUUUUGUAGCAAUUAUCUACUGCUUUUGUAAUGGGGAGGUCCAAGCUGAGAUCAAGAAGUCGUGGAGCCGAUGGACAUUAGCGCUGGACUUCCGAAGAAAGGCACGGAGUGGGAGCACUACCUACAGCUACGGACCCAUGGUGUCCCACACCAGUGUCACGAACGUCACCGCCAAAGGGGGCACGCCGCUCCCUCUCAACGGCAAACCGGCCCCGGGGACCCUCAACGGACACCGGAAUUUGCCAGGUUACAUCCGGAACGGGUCCAUUUCGGAGAACUCGUUGGCGUCUUCGGGGCCCGAGCACUACAGCAAAGAGGAGGAAUACCUCAACAGCUCUGGACUUUACAACGGCUACCGGCCAGCCACCUUGUUGGAAAAAGAAGAAGAAACUGUGAUGUAACAAAACGAGAUGAUGGUUAGCCCCACUUAGGGGGCCUCUGAAGGCACUGAGGGUGGCAAGCAACUUCCAGUCAAUUGAUCCCCAUCACGGUUUUGGGGAGGGGGCUGUUGACUCUCCACCCGAAUUCUUUGCAGCAAGAAACGCCAUCUUGCUGGAGUGAAGGACAGCAACAAUUUUUGGCGACCCAGCAGAGACUCCGCAUUCUCCUGCCCUUGAAGGCAAGAGUGAACCCCAUUAUCUUUAGGGAGCACAGGGGAAAGGGGGCCAGCGGUCCUAGGGCAUUCAGAGUUUUUCUCUCUUAGGAGAACGUAAAGGAUCCGGCCCAACCGAUCCCAGCCAGGAUCGGUUCAGAACAAAGCUUUCUCGUGUCAUGGUUCGCUUUUAAGAUUUGGUUUGGCAGAAACAAAAUACCCUACGAAACCUAAAUGCAUGGUUUGGGGAUUUUUUUGUAUCCAGACAAGACUUUUCCCCCCCUCCAGAGCUGUUCCUAAAUUCAUGUUUUAAGCAACCAAGGGGAAACAAACUUAAAAAGGGUCUUGCAAUUGAAAGAAAAUCGGAAUUAUUUUCCGGCUCAUCCUAUUACAUUUCUGCUUCUGUCUCGCCGCACGAGAAAAUCAUAUUGUCCUGCGGUCUUAUUCCUGGUCACUCAUGCCCUCCCCAAACGAAGGCCUCAAGAGAUUGCCCAGCACUCUUUGUGGAAGUAGAAAAUUACGAUUAGAUCGAUACUGUGUCUGCUCUGCAUAAAACAGUGAGUCAGUCAAAAAGCAAAACAAGAAGAUAAUAUUGUCUCUCUCUUUCCGGAGACAGAUAAUUGAUUAACAAUAAGAGGGAAAACAAAAGCUGGAUAUAGAGAGAGGUGGGGGGGGGAGGAGAGGAGGGGCUGGAUGAAGGCAACAGAGCUCUGGGUUCAGGUUCUUCAUGCCUGGCUCAGAAUGAUGAGCUUUGGAACACCACCCAGGACUAAAGGCAACCCGCUGAGGAUCAGACGGGCAGAUUAGAAGGGCCGUGAAGCACUAUCUCCAAUGGAAAGAAGGGAUUUGGAUAGAGAAACGGUGAUUGACCCAUGUCCAAUGAGGGCUGUUUUCCUCGCCUCCCUCCCGAAAUGGUGUUUUUCUACCUCUCCCGUUUGGUGCCAUUUGAGCCAAAAC